GUUACGCAUGCGUCGUGAACCCGGUGCGCGCAAAGAAAAUGGCGGUGGAUUGUGUAUAAAACAGAAGACUGUACAGGGGUCGUACCCUUGGAUAACGUGUUCAAGUGUGCUUGUGGAAUGGCAGAAGCGAGGCGUGUUCAGUUGCAGAACGCCCACCAAGUGCCUAACAAGAAAAAAUCUGUGGACAAUUCCCCUACAAAACGUUUUUCGCUAACGCUCGGAGAGUCGACCGCCGAUAGUUGCCCCGAAUUUUCGUACAGUGACUUGUUAAAAUGCAGUCGGGAGCCAGCGAAAGCAAAGGAAGACCCUUUCGACGAAGACGUCGACAAGAUGAGAGAGAUAGCGCGACAGUUGGAAGAACGAUACGGUCCCAAACCCACCGGAAAGAAAAAGCACAAGGGUGGUAGGCGCUGGGAGGACUAUAUCGACAGGGGCAUGGGCUACGACGAGACAGAUCCAUUCAUCGAUAACGAAGAAGCGUAUGAUGAACUGGUGCCGUCCACCCUGACCACAAAGCACGGCGGCUUCUACAUAAACACUGGCGAGCUCGAGUUUCGUGACCUCUCCGGCUCGGAUGAAGACGACUUCAAAGGAGAGCCCAGACAACGCAAGAGGCGGAGACGGCGUGCGGAGGGAGCCGACGUUCCUCCGCGGAAAGAGGGGAACCGGGGUCGCAAACCAGCGGCUGUCCCACCUCCAGUGCGUGAAAGCGCACCCGUCGAGGACCCCGUGAAGGCGUCCUCCAGUAGCAACAGCAGUGGCGGAGUAAACAAUAACGCUGUCGCCACGGAGGAAGAAGGUGCGGCGGCCAGACCUGCCCUCCCCGAAAACCUUCCCACCGACCUCGAAGAGGUUGUGAAACGGCUGAAGCAGGCGGCCCACCUCUCGGGCGAAGGGAAGUGCAAGUUCUUCCGCGGACCCGUUAAUCAAAUGUUGUUGAGUGUGGAACUGCGUGCACGCGAGUUAGGUCCGGCUCAACGGUCAUCUGUGUUUGCGCAUCUCGCCUCCUUCUUACCAUGUACGAAAGAGACGUUACUCAAGAGGGCCAAGAAGCUGCGGCUAGACCAGGAAGAUGGAAAAUUGAGAGAGCCUCUGCGUCGCCUUCGAGAGGCAGUGGCGGAACGCAUUGGUACGCCAGCUGGGGGCAGCACCGGCACAGCCACUUUGGACGACCAACUGCGCGAGCUGCUGUGCGACGCUGUGCGCAUCAAGUUGCGCUGCUACGAGGUGUCCAAGAUGCGCACCCAGUCAGCCGAGGACUACUUGCGUCACUUCCUCGACGCGGAGGUACGGACUCUGUGGCCCGAAGGUGUCAUCACCGCCCGCACCCUGCUUCAGGAAAGCAGUACUGCCCACUCCUACCUCACGAGCAAACCUCGGGGUAGCAAGCCCGCUCCUCUUCCCCCACCCGCUUCCACUCCCCCUACUCCUGCCACCACCUCGGUGACACCGAACCCCAUCUCCGUCCCCACUUCCAUCUGCACCCCGAGCCCGGCCCCACUCCCGGUGAGCCCGUCAACAAGCUCCGUCCCCACUGUCACGCCCAACCUGAACGCCACUUCGCCCCUGCCGCAGCGAAAGCGCCCACCGCCGGAAGCGGUGCCAGAGCAGAGUCCCAAACGUCCCGAGGAUCCCGGCGGACCCUUCCUGGCGUCCCACAUGUUGGACCGCAUCAUCGCUGCCAGUCUGGGAAACUUUCCAAGCAGCAGCACUUCAGAGCCGACGAGGCCCGUUCACGAACCGCCGGUGUCGUCGUCCUCGCUCCCACUGCAGUCGUACGCAUUCCUCGAGGCGUUCAAGCGUUCGCUGGAAGAGGGUCCGCGUGUGCCGCCGACUGCGAGGCCCAGGGCCCCUGAGCCCCUGGAAGGCAUGAAGGGCUUUCCGUACCCUGCUCCCCUCCCGCAGUACCAAGGAGUGUCUCGCACUCGCCCUGUUGCUUCGGACCGGAUGCAGUGGAGAGGCGCCCCCACGGCUCACGAAGCGAGCGUCGGGACGCCCAGGCUUUCGCAGCCGCGUUAUGGGUAUGCAGAAGGCCUUCACGGACAUCCUUACACCAGGCCAGCUCAUCAAGGUGCUCCACCUCCACCAUCACGGGUGCCCUGAACUGUGUCAUGUGACUUGGUGUGUUCCAAGAGUGACCAUAGCUGGUGUUUUGGUCUUUGAAAAGAACUGUGCACCAUUUUCUUCCUUUUUUAAUGAUUGUGCUAGGUUCUGCAGUCGUUCAUAUUGCGACGACAGAAAUAAAGUAUAUUUAUUGUAUGGA